AUGCUGACGUUCACGGGAUGCGGUCUCAACUUUGCUUUUGGUGUCUAUCAAGAAUUAUACGAAUCUUUGGAUGGUCCAUUCAAAAAUGCCAGUGCGGCAGAAAUCGACCUCAUCGGGACACUUUCGAUGUCCCUGAUGACUCUUGGGGCUCCUUUCGCCAGUGCAUGGACGAAGCAAUACAGUCCUAGGACUGUGACAAUCCUGGGAGGUGCUUUAUUUUUGGUUGCCAAUCUAGCCGCCUCUUUUGGAACACAGCUUUGGCAUUUCAUCCUCACUCAAGGCUUGCUUCUUGGUUGUGCUUCAUGUCUGACUUACAUACCAGCUGUCACCAUUGCACCUAGUUGGUACGAUGCCAGAAGGGGAUUGGCAAUGGGGAUCAUCUUGAGCGGAACAGGUCUUGGUGGUGUCGCUUGGGCACCUCUGUUGCGAUACAUGAACUCAGCAAUUGGGUUUCGCAACACUCUCCGCAUAACUGGAGUCAUAGCUGUUGCAAUAAACACAAUCUCGGCUCUUGCAUUGAAAUGGGAACCAGGUGCACUUGCUCGAAAUCGUCAAGAAGCCCAGGGAAGAAGGCGGGGUAUGAAUUUGCCUCGAGCGAACUGGAACAUUGUUCGAACUCGACCAUUUGUCGCCCACGCUAUAGGCGCAACUCUUCAAGCGGCAGCAUAUACUACGCCAACAUACUUCUUCUCCACCUAUGCAAGGUCGCUAGGUUACAGCUCAGCAACCGGAGCGAACUUCAUUGCUCUGAGCAAUGCUUGCAACUCGAUAGGGAAAAUCGUUAUUGGAUCUUUGUCAGACCGUUUCGGGCAUCUGAAUGCCUUGGUACUCUCGACCCUUCUCAGCGGUAUGGUCACAAUUGGGCUUUGGCUUCCAUCUAGCUCCUCACUACCAGAGAGUACGAGACGUGGCCUGUUCGUCUCUUUCGCAUGCCUGUAUAGCUUCACAGCCAGUCCAUAUGUCGCUUUAUUUCCCUCAGCACUUGCAGAGCAAUUCGGUAUUCAAAACUUUGCCAGUAUCAAUGGCCUUUUGUAUAUGAUUCGUGGCAUCGGGACGCUGGUCGGAACUCCCGUUGCAGGAGCUCUCAUCCACACUCGCAAAAUGGAAAUUAUGGGGACCGUUGUAAGUUUCGAGAAAACUAUUGUGCUGGUAGGUGUUCUGUUGUUGAGUGCGACGAUAUUCGUUCUCUGGGCUCGCAUCGAGAAUGCUUUGAAGAAUGGCUGGAAAUGGCGCAAUUGA